AUGGAUGAACCAAAACCACCCACCACUGCCAAUCAUUUGUCUCAUUUGUUGUCUACAUUCGUGAAAUUCGAAAAGCCAUACAACAAAAGCGGCCAGAAAACCACUAGAUCGGUGAAACGAAACGUGACUGUCUCUAGUGAACUUAAUCAGAGUGAUACGAAACGACUACGAAAAGACGAAAAAGUCAAAAAUGCCUCUCCUCCUGUUGGCAGUAAUUGUCAACAUGUAAUUGAUAGAGAUUAUCUCUCGAAACUAAUCGGAAGAAUCGAUAACUGCUACCGACCAAACCCGUCAAGAAUUGUUGGGAACAAAAUGAGCGCCGCUCGCCAAACAAGACUACCCGUACAUACACAUUUCGAUCUAUCAGUGUUUUUCGAUGGGUCAUACAAUGUGGAAGUGUAUAAGGAACCAUACGUGGUCGUUCAACAUGAUCCAGCUUAUCGAGUUGUAUUGACGGAACUGUUCAGUGAUCAUAUGCACACCAUCAUCCCCACCGAUUUGAAUUAUACUGCCAUGCGAUGGAACGACGAAAGUCUUGCCAGUCUUUUAAAUUUCGUCGACUCUCCACACAUCCAUUUUCUUUUCCUUCCGUUCACUAUGAGAAGAUGGACCAAAUAUAUCGAUCCAGCUUUUCUAGACACUCAUGGUGUCUAUCUUAGUGCAAUUCAAUACGACAACUGGUUUUUCGCGGUUUUGGAAAAACUGCAAAACAAAGACUUGUUUAAUCUGAACCUCACAGGUCUAACUGUUGGAGUUCGAGUUCAUUGUUUCUCUGGAGAAGCUAUCUUGCAAGCAAACAGGAUCAAAAACGAAAUUUGCUGGACGAUGCAGUUUCAAGCAAUACGGAAGCGGUUAAACUGGAAGGUCAACAACUAUACAAAAGACGAAAAUUGCGACAUAACACUGGUGGUGACCAUUUCUGACAAAUGCAUGAUGACAGGUAUACAAGUCCGGAAGCGCCAACAACAAAUUCCGUCGUCCAUGACAAUCGUUGGAAUAGGAACCAUGUGGCCAUUUCUGCAUGCAGCCGAAUCAUUGAGAUGUGUCAAAUUGAAGCUUGAUGAGAAGUUGCUUUGUUUUUGUCUACUCACCCAUAAGGAGCAUGUUGUUGCAUUUCACAGAGUUUUUGUCGAACAUGGAGUCGAAAAAAAGAACAUUGAGUGCUGGGUUCCAAUGACAGGAUUGGAUAUGGAAACAAUCCAAAAAAUCUGGGACAAGGAAAUACAAACUGAACUGGACAGAGAAACCAAUAACGUGUUACUCCAUUAUCAGAAGUUUCUCCAAAUGAACAUCGAAAUUCAGCAAAGAAUCUCUACUGACUUGACAAUUAAUUCCAGAUGGGUCACAUAA